GAGCACCCAGCGCACUGCCCUCCCUCCUGCCGGCCCGCACGCGCACUCUCCCGCGGCUGCCGCCCCCUUCUCACGCCCGGGACGCGCCUCCCUCCCUCCCGCAGCCCAGUCCCGCCGGCUCCGCUCUCCGCAGCUGCCUGCUUCGGCCAGGCAGGGUCAGAGCCGAGCAUGGAACCCGGGGAGCCCCGGGAGCCCCGCGAGCCCGGGCCGGGAGCAGAGACCGGCGCGGCCCCGCACUGGGAGGAAGCCAAGACUUUCUAUGACAACCUCGCGCCCCAGAAGAAACCCAAAUCGCCCAAGCCCCAGAAUGCCGUCACCAUUGCCGUGUCCUCCCGAGCCCUGUUCCGCAUGGACGAGGAGCAGCGGAUCUACACGGAGCAGGGCGUGGAGGAAUACGUGCGCUACCAGCUGGAACACGAGAACGAGCCCUUCAGUCCUGGACCAGCCUUCCCUUUCGUGAAGGCUCUGGAGGCUGUGAACAGGCGGCUGCGGGAGCUGUACCCUGAGAGCGAGGACCUCUUCGACAUCGUCCUGGUGACCAACAACCACGCUCAAGUGGGUGUCCGUCUCAUCAACAGCAUCAACCACUAUGACCUGUUCAUUGAGAGGUUCUGCAUGACAGGCGGCAAUAGCCCCAUCUGCUACCUCAAGGCCUAUCACACCAACCUCUACCUGUCGGCUGAUGCAGAAAAAGUGCAGGAGGCCAUUGAUGAAGGGAUCGCAGCGGCCACCAUCUUCAGCCCCAGCAGGGACGUGGCUGUGUCCCAGAGUCAGCUGCGCGUGGCCUUCGACGGGGACGCCGUGCUUUUCUCGGAUGAGUCAGAGCGCAUCGUGAAGGCCCAUGGGCUGGAGAGGUUCUUUGAGCAUGAGAAGGCCCACGAGAACAAGCCUUUGGCCCAGGGCCCCUUAAAGGGCUUCCUGGAGGCACUGGGGAGACUGCAGAAGAAGUUCUACUCCAAGGGCCUGCGACUGGAGUGUCCGAUUCGCACCUAUUUGGUGACAGCACGCAGUGCAGCCAGCUCGGGGGCCCGGGCUCUCAAGACCCUGCGCAGCUGGGGCCUGGAGACGGAUGAGGCCCUGUUCCUUGCAGGAGCACCCAAGGGCCCCCUUCUGGAGAAGAUCCGCCCGCAUAUCUUCUUUGACGACCAGAUGUUCCACGUGGCUGGGGCUCAGGAGAUGGGCACGGUGGCUGCGCAUGUGCCUUACGGCGUGGCCCAGACAUCCCGGCGGACCUCACCUACGAAGCAGGCUGCCCCUGCGCAGUAGCUGAGCCACCAGCGCCACCCGAUGGACCUUUCUGGUUCCCCACCUCUCUGCCCUUCUGCAUGUCUGCCCUCAUCCCUGGGAGUGAGGUACCUGUAGAAAACUGCAGACGGGGCCAGCAUCCUCGCCAGCCCUCCUUUUAGGCAAACACUGUGCCAUGGUCCUGGCUCAGAAAGUAAGACUGUGCAGAGUAGCUGGGUUUCAGGGGGAAGUUGAUGAGACUGAGGGUGGGAGAGUCAGAGCAGCCAGGAUGCCUCAAGCGGGGCUGCUGAAACUAGCUCAGUGUAGUACAAAGAGAUGGGAUCUGGCUUCUAAGCUCUGUCUUGGCAAAUUAAGUGUAUGACUUUAAGUUCCCUUGCAAGGGACUCUAGGAUGAGGUGGCCUGCCCCUGAGGUGCUCUGGUGAACACUCCGUCCUUGCAGGAGCCCCUGCAGCCCCUUCGUCACCAUUUCCGGGGAGAACGCUCACUGCUUGAUGAGUCAGUUUCCCCAUCUUCUAGGUGGUCUUCAAACUCUCCUUUAGCUAAAGAAGCUUGGGUUUUAUGAGAUUGCCCUCUUUGAAUCAAGCAUUGUGUGCCGGGGCUGCUCCUGAUAUAUAUGGCGCUUUUGUACAAGUUAUAGAAGGACGAGGUCUUUGGAAUGAAUUUUGAAAAGAGAACCAUUCCUGUGAACUGACCCAGACCAUACUGUGGUACACAGCUUGGUUAGCAGGAUAUAGGCUGGAUUUCAGCACCUGCUGGCUCCUCAGCCCAGAGGGCUUUGUCAAAUGGGCAAGAUGCACAAUCAACCACAGCCACUUCCCUACAGUUUUACACAUUUGGGAACCACUGGACUAGAUGACCUGUCUGCUUCCUGCGAUCCCCUGAGUUAUCAAGGGUCAGCAGACAGGUGCAGGAGUUUGUGGAAGGAGUGGAGUGAAUUUAACCUGCAUGCAAACUCUCCUAUGGCCAGCAGGGAGCACUGCCUGAUCAAUGAUUCCUUUGCUUUUGUGUGUUUUUUAGCCAAAUUUAAUUUGUUCCUCCCUGCCAACUCUCUCAUCUCAGCCCUUACUCCCUCAGUGAUUGUAUCCUGCUCUGCUGCCAAGCAGCCCAGUUGGUGGAGGAAGCAGUGGAGAAUUGGUGUUUACCAUGGCAAUCCAGUCCAGCACUCUUGCCUGGAAAAUCCCAUGGACGGAGGAGCCCCAUAGGCUACAGUCCAUGGGGUCACAAAAAGUUGGACAUAGGGUACAGUCCAUGGGGUCGCAAAGAGUUGGACACGACUGAGCGACUUCACUUUCACCUUUCAUUGUGAGCUCAAAUGCAGGGAAGAAAGCUCAGUGACUGAAGUGGGACGUCAUCCAGGAUUAGCCUGAGGGAAGGCCUGCCUGGGGUAAUGUAGGAAGUGGGAAGAGGUCUGGUUUGGGCUGUGACUGAUUAGUGAGGAAGGAGCUGAAAUGUCCACCAGCAAGAUUCUCCAGCGAUGGGAUUCUGAGUGGAGGUGGUGAGCUCUUUGUCUCUAAAGAUGCUGUGCAAGGGACUCCAGGAUGAGGCGACUGGUGAACUUGAGCCCCUGCAGCACCUCUGUCACCACUUGCAGGGGAGAACUCUCAUUGCUUGAUGAAUCAGCCUCUUCCUUUGCUGACAAGCCUGGCUCUCUCUGGAGAGAAGGUGGGAGCUCCAAUGAUUAAUCCCACAGGAAGACCCAGAGGGAUAAGCAGACAUCAGUGGUGGGGACUGAUUGUCUAGCUCCGCAGGGGGAAUCCCAGCUGUGAGCAACCACUUUAUGAGGCAAGCCAAAGGUGUUAUUGGAGGUGUGUGCAGGGGAGCUGGAAUGCUUCUGGGGGCAGGGAAAGGAGUGAUGGGCAAUGUGGAGCCUGUCCUUUGUCCUUUUGAGGACUCAGCCCAGGGUCCAAAUGGCCCAGGUUCUGGGCAGUGUAGGGCAUAGUAGCAGAGUCAGACAAAUAACCCAGGAGGGAGAACAAAGUGAGAAGACUGAGCUGGCUCUGGAAAUGAGCGCCAGUUUGUGUGAGAAGAGUCCUGGGCUCGCUGUCCCUCUCAGUGCUGGAGCAGCCAGGAGUCUGACUGUGGGGAGGAAGGGUAAGGCUGUGCCGUGGGUGGGGAGUGGAAGGGUGCUGAGGCAGCUCUGCUGACGCCUUAUCAGGGAAUGAGCUAGUGAUAAAGGUGUCCUUGCACAAGGUCAUUCCCAGCCACAGUCAGGAUCCUCCCAGGCCUCCAGUCAGAGGCCCUGGUUGGGAGCUCUUUCCCCUGCCGAAGCUCUUGGCCCAGCCAGAGAUACUGCGAGGCCUGAGGACGACCUCGAGGAGAUGAAAAGGAAGUGAGGGAAGGAGCUCAGCCCCAGUCACCCUUGCUCUUGGCCGAACCACCCCAAGGCCUUCUGCCUCGCCUCCCUCUGGGGUCAGAAUCACCACUUGGAUGAGCCUCCGGGGCUCUCAGAGCCAGCCGGUAGCCAUAAGAAGCCUGAGAGUCUGGGCACAACCGAGGCUCACUGCUUGGACUAGGCUGAGUGACCAGGGUGGACACGUGCACUCCGAGGGCAGCACCAGAUGUCACCUAAUUAAGAUACACCCCAGGGACUCUGAGACCAAGAGGUCCUGCCUCUAGGGCCUCAUGAUUACAGGGCUGAUUCUUCCAGGGCUCUCGGGAAGCAGGAAGAUAUGAUGUGGAAAGCAGCAAGAUAAGGUGCGCUAAAAGCUAUCUAUUUCACUGGAGCACUGUUAAUAGACUUGGACAGCCCUGGGCAAUGAGAGACACGAGGGUCCAAAUUCUAUAAUUGAAACCAUAAAUGAGCAUUUCAGGCCUGGAAGAGCUUUCAGUGGCUGCCAUAAAAGGCCAGAAGUCCUGGGGGCAGGCUGAGGCAGCUGCCAGACACACCUUCUGAUCGUUUCAAGUGGUGAGGAGGUGUGCUGGGGAGAAGAUUGUUUAUUGUGUCAGCAGGCAAAUUAAAAGUGAACCUGAAAGAGGAGAGUGAAAAAAGCUGGCUUAAAACUCAAGAUUCAAAAAACGAAAAUCCAGUCCCAUUCCAAAACCGGUGUCCGGUCCCAUCACGUUAUGGCAAAUAAACAGAGAAACAAUGGAAACAGUGACAGACUUUAUUUUCUUGGGCUCCAAAAUCACUGCAGAUGGUGACUGCAGCCAUGAAAUUAAAAGACGUUUGCU